AUGAAUGACACGAUUAUUCCGGCCAUGGCGCCGCCGUCCGGGCUGGUGUCGAAUUUCGUGGAUCCACCAGAUUGCGGGACGAAGUUCAUUGUGGUCAAUUGUGUGUUUUUGCCGGUGGCGGUCGUGGCUUUGGGGGUGAGGAUGUGGACGAGGUUGUUUGUUGUGAGGAGUGUGGCGUGGGAUGAUUAUUUGAUGGUUUUGGCUGUGGUAUAUUCUGUCGGUGGUGCUUUCGGGGUGACGUUGGAUAUGCUCAAGUAUGGUCUGGGGAAACACAUGUGGGAUGUCCCACUGCAUCAAGUCACCCCUCCGUUUUUAAAGUAUAAUGUUGUCGCGGCGAUUGUUUACUGCGCUGGUACUGGGUUCACCAAGGUGUCAGUUCUUAUCUUUUACCUACGCAUCUUCCCCAGCCGUGGGUUCCACCUGGCCGUGUGGACAAUCGUCUUCAUCGCGGUGGGCUACAACGUGGCCAGCGUGUUGGCCAACGUGUUUAGCUGUACCCCGGUAGCAGGGGCCUGGGAUUUGUCCAUCAAAUCGACGUGCAUGAACCGCCCGGUGUUUUACUUUGCCAAUGCGGGGUUGGGCAUUUUUACCGAUUUUGCGACGGUGUUGGUGCCGAUACCGUGGUUGCGUCGACUGCAGAUGCCACUGCGACAGAAGAUUGCCAUUGGUUUCAUGUUAGCGAUGGGUUGUUUUGUCGGCAUCGUGAGUUGCAUCCGUCUGGCGAGUUUAUAUGUCCUGCUCAAGAGUACGGACCUGACUUGGGCCACGACGAAUGCCCUGUUGUGGUGUACAGUCGAGCUGAACCUAGGCAUCACCGGGGGCUGUAUCACCGCGAUGCGACCGUUUGUGCGACGGUACUUCCCUCGUCUGCUGGGCCUAUCGUCGAACGGUUAUGGGCAAUCCAGCUCGCGCAAGUAUGGCCAUCCCCUUAACUCCAUCCCCCGCGAUCAACCAGACUUUGGCAACCGGAGCCAGUAUUCGACGCGACUGAAAGGGGGUACCGGGGGGAGUGCCGAACAUAUUCUGCCAGCGAGAAAAGAUGACGACGGGAUCAUCCGGACGGUGGAGUUUAACGUGGAUACGCGAGGGGGACGAGAAUCAAUGGCAUGA